AUGAAAGGAGAAACUGUCACUCUCAGAUGUGUCAUCAGUGGAGGAGAUGUCUAUAGCUGGCAGUACAGCUGGUAUAAAGAUUCAUCACUUUACAACAUCAGUGAACUUCAGAAUUACACAAUCAGAUUUGUUAAUGAGUCUGACAGCGGAAACUACACCUGUAGAGGAUCAGCAACCAAUGGACCACAAUCCUCAAACAUCAGUGAUGCAGUUACUCUGACAGUAUCAGCUUUCCCCACAGCUACAGUGAAUGUAACACCAGAUGGUCCUGUGUUCACUGGAGAGACAGUCACUCUGAAGUGUGAGAUAGAGGAUCAGUACAGUGACUGGACAUAUCAAUGGUAUAAACGUGGCACUGAAGUGUUUAACCCUGAAAAUUACACUGUAAAUGGAGACUAUCUCACUAUCACUGGAGUUACUGAAUCUGAUCAGGAUGAGUUCAGCUGUAGUGCAGUGAUAGAUGGACGACCACAAACUUCACUAUCAAGCUCUGCUGUUAAUCUCACUGUGAAUGGAUCAAAACCAAAACCUAAACUCACAUCAGGUACUGAAGGAUCUGUACUGACAGGUAACACAGUGAAUCUGAAGUGUCACAUUGAUCAUUGGUCUACUGGAUGGAAGUUUUACUGGUACAAACACACACAAAACACUGAGAUGAGGACAACAGAAACAAACUCUUACACAAUCCACAGUGUUAAAGUUUCAGACGGAGGUCAGUACUGGUGUAGAGCUGGAAGAGGAAAACCAGACUAUUACACAGACCACAGUGAUGUACUGUGGAUAAAUGUUAAAGAGAGCCCUAAACCUGUAGUGAGUGUUGAUCCUGACAAACAGCUGUUCAGAGGAGAAACUGUUACUCUGAGAUGUGACAUACAGGAUACAGGAGACACUGAGUGGACAUACAGCUGGACUGUAGAGCCGUAUAACCAGUAUAGACAGUUCUACUGUGACAGACAAGAGUGUAAAAUCAGCAACACUCAAUACUAUCACAGUGGUAAAUACACCUGUAGAGGAAAGAUAAGUGAACAAAACACUAAAAUGAGUGAUGCUGUUACACUGACUGUAUCAUCAGAUAAACCACAGACAGUUUUAAGGGUUUCUCCACAGCAGUGGUUGACUGAAGGAGAUUCAGUGACUCUGAUGUGUGAGGUUAGAAGUUCAUCUACAGGCUGGACAUUCAGCUGGUUCACUGUACAGAGUCUUCACUCAGUGAAUAAAGAUUUUGAUUAUGAGCUGGUGUCAGACAGCAUUCGAGGAUCUAAUGGCAACUACACAGUGAGUUCAGUGACUGUGAAGCACACAGGAGUUUAUAUGUGCAGAGCAGAGAGAGGAGAUCCAGUCUAUCACACAGACUACAGUAACAAACAAACGCUGUGGAUCACUGGUGUUUCUUCUUCAGUCUCUCUGAUCAUCAGACCCAACAGAUCUCAACACUUCUCAUCUGAAUCUCUCUCUCUGAGCUGUGAGGAUCACAGUAACUCUACUGGAUGGACAGUGAAAAGAUACACAGAUAAACUGAAAAAUUGUUCAUCUUCGCCCAAUCAAUCAGAACCAGAAUCUACAUGUACAAUCAGAUCUCUCGACACAUCUGAUACUGGAGUGUACUGGUGUCAGUCUGAAUCUGGAGAGAAACUUCAUCCUGUUAAUAUCUCAGUACACAAUGUUCAUAUUAUUCUGGACAGUCCUGUUCAUCCUGUGACUGAAGGAGAUAAUCUGACUCUUGGUUGUUUAUAUCGACUUAACCUCCAAACUGGAUUUUAUAAAGAUGGAUCAGUGGUGCAGAAUCACACUAAAGAAGACGUGAUGAUCAUCCCUACAGUCUCAAAGUCACAUGAGGGUUUCUACUACUGUAAAAAUUCAGAGAAAGGAGAGUCUCCAAAGAGCUGGAUCUCAGUCAGAGAAGCUCGUGUGAAGAUGUCUGGACUCAAGAUUUCCAUUUUUCUGCUGGCAGUUUGUCCAUAUCUGAUAGCAACAGCCGUGCUGGUUUUCAAAUGCUACAGAUUGAAAGUUUCUCACUCAUCUGUUGAAGAUCAGUUGCAGUAUGCAGUAAAAGAAGAUGAAACAUCAUUCUGAUGUGAGUGCAGUCAAGCAUCAGUCUGUGAUCUCUCAAUAACACAUUCACAAACUGAAUAACUGCAGUCAAUAACAAUGAGUGACAAUCACAAAUAAAUUCUGGAAUGAAUUCCUAUUAUUUAUAUAUGUGUGUGAAUGUGAUAAAGGAGUCACUCCCAGUUUUUAGCAUUAGCAUCAUACGUUUGUUAAAAGCACUUUUGUAACUGUUUUCAUAAUUUCUAUAAUGUGACAUAUUUCUGAGUA